AUGUCAAUCUCACGUGCUCCAACACCGCGGGUUAAAGCGAUUGUGUUAUCAGCGUUUAACCAUUGUCGGUGGUUCAAACUGUGUCGUGAAUAUGUGCAAGCACUCGGGUGGAAAGACUGCUUCUUUCGACCUGCUCACGAUCGGUGUUACUGUAGGAAAUGCUAUUCAUUGCCAUUGCCUGAUGUAAUAUCAGCAGCUGGUGAAGAUUAUGUAGUACCACGCGGUUGGGCUGGUUUUGGAUUGCAAGUCGAUACAACACUUGUGGAUUAUCAUAAUUUAUGGGAAGAAUGGAUCGUCACAUAUCAUGGUACAAGUACUAUUGCUGCUGAAUCCAUUUUAGCCCAUCGUCAAUUCCUUUUGCCAGGUGAUACACUAUUGAAUGGUAAACCUCUUAGUAUACGACCAGGACACAUUCCAGGAAAAGCUCAUCUAUAUACAUCACCAUCAAUCCUUUAUGCAAGUCUAAAUGUAUAUAGUGUUCGUUAUAAUUUUACGGAUUCGUCUGGAAAAAAAUAUGAAGCAAAAAUUGUCUUCCAAUGUCGUCAGAAACCUAAAACAUUUUGUGUACAAGCUGAAACAGUAGGACGAGGCAAAGAUCCAAUUUGUCCAUUUAUUUCAAAUGAUAAAAUUGAAUAUUACACUGUUAAUCGUUCAUCAGUUGUUCCUUAUAGAUUGCUUGUUUCAUUGAAAGAAUUAUGA